UUGCAGAGGAUCAAAUCUCGGCAUUAGCGAAGUUCGAGUUGAUUUCGUACAUUUCUACGACCUUUCUUCUUCAUCAUCAUCAUCAUAAUCUCUCGCCUGCUUCUUACAACUCUUUUGUUUUUUGUCUGUGAAAUUUCUAGGCUUUACAAAUAACCCCUUUUUUGGAUUUCAAUUUUGAUUGGGAUUGGAUUGGAUUGGAUUCGCCUAUCCCAAUCGUGUUGCUACUUUUUUCAGGCCAAUAUUUUGAGAAAGAAAACAAACCCCAGAAAUAAAAUUUUAAUUUUUAGGGUUCUUUUCGUGUGUUGCCACCUAUCAUAACAAACCCCAGCAAGAAAGUUUGAACUUUUAGGUUUUUCAAAUUGAGGGUCCUUCUUCAAUUAAUGGGUGGAUUUGAACAAGCUGCUGCUGCUGCUGAUACUGGGUGACUGUUGUGUGAUUUGGAGUUAGCAACUCAAGGGUCAAUUAGAGUGUUAUUGUGAAUUGGAAUUGAGACUUCCAAUGGCUUAUGAUGGUGAUAGUUCGGACAUAGAAGUUGAUGACUUAAGGUGCGAUGAUAUAGCAGACAAGGAUGUCAGUGAUGAAGAGAUUGAGCCGGAGGAAUUGGAAAGGCGAAUGUGGAAGGAUCGUAUCAAGCUCAAAAGACUUAAGGAAAGACAGAAGCUUGCAGCUCAGCAAGCUGCAGAGAAGCAAAAGCCGAAGCAGACUUCUGAUCAGGCACGGAGAAAGAAAAUGUCUAGAGCACAGGAUGGAAUUCUCAAGUAUAUGUUGAAGCUUAUGGAAGUGUGCAAAGCUCGUGGUUUCGUUUAUGGUAUCAUUCCUGAGAAGGGAAAGCCGGUGAGUGGUGCUUCGGAUAAUAUUAGAGCUUGGUGGAAAGAAAAAGUGAAGUUUGAUAAGAAUGGACCGGCUGCCAUAGCUAAGUAUGAAGCGGAGUGUCUUGCCAUGUGUGAGGCAGACAAUAAUCGAAAUGGAAAUUCACAGAGCAUUCUCCAGGACUUGCAAGAUGCAACUCUUGGAUCACUUUUGUCUUCUUUGAUGCAACACUGUGAACCUCCUCAAAGGAAGUUUCCAUUAGAAAAGAAAGUUCCACCUCCUUGGUGGCCAACUGGGAAGGAAGAUUGGUGGGUGAAGCUCGGGCUACCCCAUGCUCAAACUCCCCCGUAUAAGAAGCCACAUGACUUGAAGAAGAUGUGGAAAGUUGGAGUUUUAACAGCUGUGAUUAAGCACAUGUCUCCGGAUAUUGCAAAGAUAAGGAGACACGUUCGCCAGUCAAAGUGUUUACAGGAUAAGAUGACAGCGAAGGAGAGUGCAAUCUGGUUAGGAGUUUUGAGCCGAGAGGAAGCUCUCAUUCGGCAACCUAGUAGCGAUAAUGGGAUGUCUGGAGUAACCGAGAUUCCACCAGGCCGUGGUGAAAAACAAGUCACUGCUAAUAGUGACAGUAACUAUGAUGUCGACGGUGCUGAUGAUGGUUUAGGUUCUGUUUCGUCUAGGGAUGAGAGGAGAAGUCAAUCUAUGGAUGUAGAACCUUCUGGUAGCCAGCAGAACAAUACUUCUCAACCUGGCCAAGAUAAAGAGAAACCGGAUAAGCCACCAAAGAGAAAAAGACCUCGGUUAAGAUCAAAACCUACCGAUGAAUUGCCUCAGCCAUCUCAAAAUGAGGUUAUGCCUAUUGAACCAAUAAACAACAUACCUGACAUAAAUUACACUGAAGAGGUACACUUAAUUGGAUACCAAAAUGAUCAAAAUCAACAGGAAGACGAGACAGUAACAGGUUUACGGUCACUAGACAAGGAUAAUGAUGUCGAAUCUCAGUUACCAGUUUCUGAUUUCAACAGCUUAUAUGCAUUACCUAAUAAUGAAGUUUCAACUCAGAGCAGGCAUGAAGGCAGUGUAGCAGCAAUGCAUUUCCAUGGAAUUCCGAACACUGGAAUGCAUCAUAGCGAUACAUAUAAUUUCUAUAAUCCAUCAGUUGAUUAUGAACCUAAACAUGAACGACAGCGGGCUCCAAUUGCAAUGAAUGAAAGUUAUGUUAGGCCAGCAGAUGGAGUUCAUCUCCCAACAGUACAUAGAAACAGUAGCGAGAUUAGUGGAGGAGACUUGCCAUACUACGUAAAUAAUGAACAAGACAGACCUGUCGAUACUCACUUCGGUUCUCCACUCGACAGUUUGUCACUUGAUUUUGGAGGAUUCAACAGCCCUCUCAAUUUUGGAAUCGACGGGACAAGUGUGCUCGACGACCUUUUGCUUGACGAUGAUUUGAUACAGUACUUUGGCGCAUAACAUGUUCGAAUAUUGCUUAAAAUUGAUUGUUAAAUACAGAUUAGUUGUUGACUGGGGCAGUAAUCUUGAGGUAAUUAGCAGACUAAGUAUGUGUGAUUAUGGGCAUAUCAUAUCAUAUCAUCAUCAGAUAAAGGUCUGCAAAGGCACAAACUUGAUUUCUCAAAAUUCAUGAUUUUGCAACAAACAAUUGAGCAAAGUCAUAUAUAGUUUUUGGGUUUAAGUAGUUUUGUCCCAAUGCAAUUAUGGGUUCAUGUAAAUAAGUCAAAUUCUUAAAUUGGGUUAAUGGGAAAAAGUCUUGAUAAUUGGACAGGGUGGUAUUAUUUUUCUUUAAUAAAAAUUUUCAUUGCAGUUCUUCUCUUC